AUGUCUCCGCUGCCCCCUCCCGCGCACCUGAUAUGCGGAGAUUCCAUCACUCACUUUGCAGCCCGUCCGUCCGUCCGCUCAUCCAGGGGCUUCAACAGGCGCGUCUGGGCUCGGUCGCCUGGCCGGAGCGGCCACGGAUCACGCUGGCGGCAGGACUGGGGCAGGGCAAGGACCCCAGCGGCCCCAUGCAAAGAGGGGCGGGCUGGCUCGCCCCCCACCUGGGACGCCGGUGGCCCUAAGCGGCGGGAUCCCGGUUGCUUGCAGGCGCAGCGACAGCCUCCCGAAAUGCAACCGGGGGGCUGGCGGCUGGCGACGGCGCUCCGGGCGGCUUCUGCAGGCGCCCGCCAAAGUUGCACAAAAGUUGCACUAGGCGUUGCAUCGACGUCUCUCUCUUUUUUUGCUCGCUCUCUCGUUCUCUCCCUCCUUCCACUCUCUUUCCACCCCUGCCCCCUCUUUCGACUCCUGCGUCUUCUUCUCCUCCUGGGCUGCUGCUUUCCUGCCUCUUCCAAGUUAAGGGGGUCUUUUCACAACCCAGUUGCUUGCUGGCCUUAUCCCAACCCAGUAGCAUCCUCUUCCCUCUGUUGUGGAGUUCCAGGGAGAAAGAAGAAAUUGCUGAAACCUGAGCCGUGUGAGUGGAUGGCAGAAGAGGAGGACACAGCCAGACAAAGGGCACUGGGAUAUUGUAUUGCCACACAACAGCAAUCUCUCUCCUACACGGAAUCUCUGGGUUAUGUACGCAGACAACAUACUCAAAUCCAGAUCAGCAGACUGAAGAAAGGCUGCAUUCCUUUUCUUCUUUGUGCUACCCUUACUGGACUCUCCGGUCUCCGCCGCCAUCUCUCAAGAAAAGAAGGAAACUAAACAUUUGACAGACAUCUUUUUGCGCAUCGUUCCCAGGAGUUAGCUAGCAUGUCCGGCAAUUGGUUCUAGCCGAGUGGAUUUUAUAAUGAAAAAACCCACCCAAUCCUGGAAAGCGAAAAAAAGCCUUACAGUGAAAACAUGAAGCACACUGGUGCCCAUUUUAGGCCAGAAACUGAAUUCUAGAUUUUGUUUUUAGGGUUGCCAGCUCUACGGAAUUUCUGGAGAUUUGUGGGUGGAGUCAGGGGUUUUUUGAAUGGGGAGGAGCUCAGCAGGGCAGGGGCGUACUGCCCAGGGGGACAUAUGGGGUCAAAUGUCCCUAGGCUGUGGUCAUUUAGUCACGUUGGGACACAAAAUCACCCCCCAUCCCUCCUCCUUCCCCCUCAGUCCAUACACUGACUUCAAGACCUGUUGUUUGGUCGUGGUGAGGGAGAGCAGCCACCAAUAUGGGGUGGGGCCCCCCUGAAAACUCAGAUUUUGCACUGGGCUACAUUUUCCCUAGAUAUGCCUCUGCAGCCUUAGCAUAAACCCUCCACAGCAGCCAUUUUCUUGUCCGGAUAUCAGCUGUAAUUGUAGGAGAUCUCCCAGCCUCAUUGGGAGACGGGCAACUCUACGCUAGGCCCUGUUCCCAUCAGUCAUGAUCUAACUUUUGAGUUGUGAGUUAAGUCCAGAUUUAAUUGAAGGCUAGUGAGAGAACCUGUGGGACUUAAUGCAAAUAAAGUGAAUAGCUGUCAGA